GUUAUUGGAACAUGCCAUAGAAUAUGAUAAACUUAGUAAACACUUAGAUAGUGUAUGGUUAACGAAUCUCAACACAAACAUAUCUUUCUAGCUUAAUAAAUCUACCUUGCUCAAUAAGUUUUGUUGGUUAAGUGUUAUGCAAAAAGUUUGGUGUUUAUUGUUUCCUAAGAUAGGGGUGACUGAAUUCAAAGGGGUUGAGUGUGUUACAAUAUUGGAAUAUCAUUAGUAGCUCGAAACAUGUGAAAUGAUCUCAUCAUCCAAGGAUGCAUCAUAGGAACACCUAAGUGUUAUGAAGGUAUAACAUCAAAUAAGCAAAAUACAGAUGUUAUGCUUAGUUCGGGAACAAUAGACUACGUCGUACUAUAUGGUUUGUUCUACUGCGAGGAAAUACGAUCUCAUGAGUUGUGGCGUUUAUGCUUGUAUAUGUAGUAGUGCGUGAAUAUGCAGUAGUGUAGUGCAUCUAGUACUUAACAUGUUAAGAGUUUCAUAGGUAAAUUUUUUUUGGGAGUCUUGUCUUUGGAUUGCGUUGUGAUGUUAAACACCAUAAUCGAAAAAGGCAAUGCAAGAGAUAAGUGAUGAUUGAUUACUCACCGCCACCAGUAAUCAACUAAAAUUCCAGUCAAACAAUUUGAUUGAAUUCAUGCGACGAUGGUAACAACGCCACUCAUUAAAUGUUAAAUAUGGUAAGUGAUCAUUAAAUAAAAUAAAUUUAAUGAAGUGGAACGACACGAUCGCCACUCAUUAAAUGUCCAAAAUGACAAUCGAUGAUGAAAUAGAAUGAAUUUAAUAAAAUAAGACAGAACAACCAGUAAUAAAAAAUGAAAUUAUGCAUUAUGCAUUUUCCUAAUGACCAACACAAAACAAAUUGUGUAUAUUCAUGGUGGCAUUCUAAUGAUCAACAUAAAACAAAUUGUGAAUUCAUGGAGAAAUUCUCCCAUCAUUGGAAGCACAAAAUAAUGCAUAAGAAAAAUAUAAGUUAAUUUUGUAUGAAGAAAACAAUUGAAGUAGAAGUCCAUUCUCACGUGCACACCACGUGAUCCAGAGGCCAAACUGGCGAAGACGAAAGAAGGAAAAGAGAUCUCACACCACUCUCGUCAGACUCCACCUCGCGACAAAUAAAUCUCCACCAUUCAUUUCCCUCACACCGAAUCUCAACCGUUGAAACGGCAUACUCUUCCUCAUAUUCCCUCCACACCAAGCUGCAGUCCUCCUCUCAGUUAAUAAUUCUUUCUUUCCCCUUCUCUCUCUCUCUGUAAACCUCUUCGCUCCCUCGCGCCUCCCGAAACCCAGAAACCCUUCUUCCCCUCUUCUUCCAUCCAGCCAGCAAAUCCCACAAAAACCCCCUUCCCAAAACCCGCCUCCUGACCCAGCUGAGAGACUCGCCGCCCGAUCUCGAAUUCGAAGCUUCCUCGGUCAGAAGGUUGCAGUUCUACACAUGGAUUCAGAUCAGGGGAAGCUUUUCAUUGGCGGGAUUUCAUGGGAGACGUCGGAGGAGAAGCUCAAGGACCACUUCGGUCAGUACGGCGACGUCCUGCAGACUGCCGUCAUGCGGGACAAAACCACCGGCAGGCCCAGGGGGUUUGGGUUUGUCGUGUUCGCUGAGCCUUCCGUUCUCGAUAGGGUUCUUCAGGAUCAGCACACCAUUGAUGGUAGAACGGUUGAGGCAAAAAGGGCUCUCUCAAGAGAGGAGCAGCAAACCAAUGUCAAAACUGGGAAUUCAAAUUCUGCUAGAAGCACCGGUGGUGGUGGCGGUGGAUAUGUUAGGACCAAAAAGAUUUUUGUCGGUGGAUUGCCUCCCUCAUUGACCGAAGAUGGCUUCCGCCAAUAUUUUGAAUCUUAUGGACAUGUGACUGAUGUAGUAAUCAUGUAUGACCAAAACACACAGCGGCCACGUGGGUUCGGAUUUAUUUCCUUUGAAUCCGAGGAUUCAGUCGAUCGAGUUUUGCACAAAACAUUUCAUGAUGUGAACGGGAAGCAAGUGGAAGUGAAGCGGGCUCUUCCUAAAGAUGCCAAUCCUGGUGGAGGCAGUCGCUCUUCCAUGGGUGGUAGUGCUGGUGGUGGUAGUUAUCAAAGCUAUGGCGCUUCUGGUGGGAAUGCAGUUGGCUCAUAUGAUGGUAGAAUGGAUUCAAUGAGGUAUAUGCAGCCCCAGGCAGCUGGAGGCGGAUAUCCUCCUUAUGCAUCUUCGGGAUACAGUGGACCUGGGUAUGGUUACAGUGCUGCUGCAAGCACUGGAGUCGGAUAUGGUGGCUAUGGAGCCUAUGGUGGUGCUAUUGCUGGGUAUGGGGCCCCAGCAGGCGCAGCCUAUGGAAACCCCAAUCUACCAAAUGCUGGAUAUGGUAGUGGUCCACCUGGUGCUCCUAGAAGUUCAUGGAAUAAUCAAGCUACCCCUGGUUAUGGUGCUAUGGGCUAUGGAGGUGGUGCUGCUAGCGGUGGCCCAGGGUCGACUCCAACAGGCCAAACACCUACUGGACCUGGUGGGUAUAAUCAAGCAUAUGGAUAUGGUAGCUAUGGGGCAAAUGAUGGGUCUUAUGGGAAUCCAGCUGGUUAUGGUGCUGUUGGAGGAAGGUCAGGUGGUACUCCGACUAGUACUCCUGGAGAACUACAGGGUAAUGGAGGAGGAUAUGGGGGCAGUGGUUAUGGUGAUGCAAAUGGGAGUGCAGGAUAUGGUAAUGCAGCAUGGAGUUCCGAGUCCUCACAAGGUUCUGGGAACUAUGGAUCACAAGCUAAUGGUGGUGCUCACAGUAGUCAGAUUGCUUAUGGUGGUGGUGGCUAUGGAAGUGCUCCGGCUCGACAAGGUCAACAACAUUGAUAUUGUGGGUGGAUCUUCAACAUCUAGUGCUCUGUGUGUGUUCCUGAUGCGAUGAUGCUGGCUCAAAGUUGGAUAGAGAUUCACUCUGGAGACGCUGGUUGGAUUGCUUAAUCCCAGUAGUUUGCACUACCUAUUUUGCUAGUAGUACAUCUAAUAAGUAGCUUUGUUAUGACAUUUUCGGAUGCCCUUAAUAUUUUGUUUGCUGAGUGUAGCUUUAAUUUGGCUUGCUUAUAUUAUGUCUGCUAUAUUUGCUGUGGAUUUUCUCUUUCUACCGUAGUGUUUGAUUUAGUGUGCAUGACUGCAUGCAACCUUUCUUUCUUUGGUACACAUUAACUCACUAUCAUCUUUGUGACUUCUAACUAGCAAUUGCCAUGAAACCUUUGCAAAACUGGAGGUUAGAUAUGCUUGAUGCAGAAUGAGAUAUAGAGAUGAGUAGAAGACCCUUUGUUCUGUGAUAGCACUGAAGCAAGGAGACUGGUUGGUAGAUGGGUAGCGAUAAAGAUAGCUAGCGGUAGUUAUCACUUUUGAGGAUGGCAUAAUCAUUUCCCCCCGCUCUAUUUGUUGCACUUUGUGUUUGUACAGGAGGAGAUGCUCGAGUUCAAAAGGUGGUGUCGAAAAUGCCCACUCUUCGGCUGAACCCGAGCUUUCAAAUUCAUGUGGGGGUAUAUUCAGAGUUUGGGUGGUUUUUUUGCCCCAGCAACCGAGUGGAUGGAAUUUGAGAGGAGUUUUUGGUUGAGAUUGCAAGCUCAAUUCCUUGCUGCAGAUUCUUGGCAUUUCUGGUGGGCUGCUGCAUAUUUGUGAGGCAGAAAAAAAAAUUGUGGUACGCUGCCUUUAGCAGAUGGCAGAGUUUUGUCUGAAGCUCAUGCAAUCUAAUUGUUUAGGUUAUACAUUCAUUAGUUGGUUACUAGAAAUGCAGUGGGGAAUUGGAAUGAAAUCAAUGAGUGGAAUGAAAUGUUGGUCGAAUCUAUCUAACCAGUCAUCUAUUGAGUCACGUUUAUCAGCAUUAUGCAUCGUUGUGUCUGAAUGUUCAGUCUUUUGGGCAUUAAGACUCUGCAGCAGUAGUAUGUGCUUAUGGUUUAUGCUUGCAUUUAGUGUCUCGCAUGAAUACUGUAUUUCUAGGAACCGAUGCAGUAUGAUAAGUAGGAGAUGUUGGAGUUGCGAUAUUGAUGAGGGAUUUGAGGCAAUCGAUUCAAGUUUACCUGAUAUUUGCCAAGAGUGUUGAGUCUUGAACCUAGCUGCACAGUUGAAGUAGUAUACCCAGGUUCUGAUGAACUUUUCGUCGAAUCCCAGCCCCAGAUUUUUGCUAGCAACAGAGAAACCAAGUACGUUAGAAUCUCUAGUGAAUUUUUACAAAUAUGAAGUUGCUCCAAUAAAAGAAAAGGAUAAAAAAAAAAAUCUCUAGUGCAAUCCUCACAAAUAUUUAUAAGCAAGCUUAGCACAUGGAUUUUGAGUAAAACAAAAUUAAAUUUUUUUUGGAGCACAUAAAUGGAAGUGUUCAUA